AUGUUUCGAUUUUUCUUUGGAGAUACAAGGGAUCCUUUCUCCACUGGACCAUUUUCAAGAGAUGAUCUGUAUGGAGAAAAUGGCUAUGAAGACAAUGGUAUUGAUUCCAUUUUCCAAUACUUUCAUUCUGACAUGCAACAACACCUGGAAGAAAUACAGCAACAAAUGGAAGACAUGGCAAAAAGUUUUGGGACUGUAGAAUUUUCAAAUAUCCCUCGGGUGGAAUUUCCUGAUUCUCCUAGUCGUAAUGCUAAUUUACGAGAUGAAAUGUUAAAAACUCCAGAAACACCACCCGUGAGGCCCCAAAUCCCUUCACAGCCACCGGCUGUAAAUACACCCUCUUCUGGACAGCAAGACAAAUCUUUUUUUGGAGGAUUUGGUUUACCCAGAUUAAGUCCUUUCUCUAGUCACACAAAUGAACCGAAAGUAGAUCAAGAUCUUGAUGGAAGAGGAGCAGAUGUUUUGAAGGAUCUAGAAAGUUCUCAAUGUAGAAAAUGCCCAUCACAAAAAGACAUGCCUUUAACCUCGUUCUUCAGUGGGCAAAGUGUUACUGUACGAAGUGUCCAAGGCUCUGAUGGAAAAAUGGAGCAAUGGCGCACAGUUCAAGACUCAUCAGGUAAUAAAGAGGAAACUUGCACCCGAUACAUUGAUGGUAAGAUGCACACAGUAACAUGUAAGAUUGAUGACAAAGGAAAUGAAGAAAGAAUUGAAGAAUUUAAAAAUAUGGAUGAAUCUGAUUUGUCAGCAUUUAACAAGACUUGGGACAAACCGAGUAUAGAUGCUGUUCAACCAGAGCAUCCUGCUGAGAGCAUGAUGAUGCCACAAACAAGACAGGAUUCUUAUCUGGGUAGCCUCUUCUCUAAACUAUUUGGUUUCAAGCCCUGA